AUGAAUGUGUUGUUGAUACUUCUUGUAAGUUUGUUGAGUUUAGCAGAAAAUGCUAAAUUAGUUAGAAAAUAUUAUCCUUUAAAAUGGGCGAAUUGUCCAAUUAAUGCAUCUAUGCAAGUGGACGUGUUUGUUCCUAAAGUAUUCACGAAAUUCAUGAACAUGUCUGCUGUACUCCAUAUAAGGGAGAAUAUUCCUGGCAAUUUAACGUUUACAGCAGAAACAAAUAAAUGUUCAUUGGAUAUGAAAAACUGCGAAAAAUAUUUGGACGUAGGCGUUAUGGAAUUAGAUUUGAUAAAAAUUUUUUCGUUUAAAGAUGUUUGUCGACUUAUUGAGGAUAAAAAUAUGUUUUACUCUGCUGCGCUUACUAAUAUUGCACCACCGUUAAUAUGUCCUUUCAAGGCUGGAGAUCACAUUUUAAAGCCUUCAGUUUUGGACUUGUCAAUCGGUGAAAUGUUUCGUGCGGAAGGCUUCAUCUGGGUUGCCAAUUUCAGGCUCAUUGCAAUAACAACAAAGGUUCAACUUUCAAUAACAUCUUGGGAGAACUGUCCUGGAAAUCAAUCGAUGAAAAUGUAUGCUUCGACCAAUGAUACUUAUGGCGAUCAGACUAAAAUUUACAUUCCUACAACAAUUGAUGUGUCACGUGACGUAAAAGAUUUAAGUGAACUUACAUUAGAGGUCAAUCGAUGCGAUUUUGAAAUGAAAAAGUGUGAAAAACCAUUUCCACUGAGAUUCACUGAUUUAUGCAAAAGUUUCAAUAACAAAAAGGCAUUUUAUUACGGGUUCAUAUCAACGAUAAAACCACCAAUAUCAUGUCCAAUUAAAGCAGAUAAGUACACUGCUACAAAUGGUUCGUUUGACUUAAGUGCAUCUUACUUUCUUCCCAUAAGAGACAAUGUUUGGAUCACAAAAACAAAGCUUUAUUGCAAUGAAGGAAAGAAGCGGGAAUUGGUAUUAUGUUUAAUGUCAACUAUAAAAGUCACUCAAACUAGAGCUAGAAGAGUUGGUUCUCGUCAAAAGAAGAUAAAUCAGAAGUGA